GAGGUAUAAGAGCCUCCAAGUCGGCAGCUUUCGCCCAACUCCCAGACACCUCGCGGGCUCGCCGGCACCGGCAGCGUUUCCAGGAGGCAGAGCCGGGUGUGCGUGCGGCCGUUGGGCGCUUUCUUUUUGGACCUCGGGGCCAUCCACACCGUCCCCUCCCCCUCCCGCCUCCCUCCCCGCCUCCCCCGCGCGCCCUCCCCGCGGAGAUCCUCCCUGUCCCUCCUCCCGCUCCCUCCUCCGCGGUCCGCACCGCCCGGGCCGGCGCCGUGCGCGAGGGAAGCUGGCGGGCUGAGGCGCCAGGCUCUCCUCCUCUUCCCCGGGCCGCCCUUCUGCCCCGGGCCUGCGAGGCCGCGCGUUGCCGCCCGAGAGAUGAUGCAGGACGUGUCCAGCUCGCCAGUCUCGCCGGCCGACGACAGCCUGAGCAACAGCGAGGAGGAGCCGGACCGGCAGCAGCCGCCGAGCGGCAAGCGCGGGGGGCGCAAGCGGCGCAGCAGCCGGCGCAGCGCUGGGGGCGGCGCGGGGCCCGGUGGGGCCGCGGGCGGGGGCGUCGGAGGCGGCGAGGAGCCUGGCAGCCCAGCCCAAGGCAAGCGCGGCAAGAAGUCUGCGGGCUGCGGCGGCGGCGGCGCCGGUGGCGGCGGCGGCGGCAGCAGCAGCGGCGGCGGGAGUCCGCAAUCCUACGAGGAGCUGCAGACGCAGCGGGUCAUGGCUAACGUGCGGGAGCGCCAGCGCACGCAGUCGCUGAACGAGGCAUUCGCCGCGCUGCGGAAGAUCAUCCCCACGCUGCCUUCGGACAAGCUGAGCAAGAUCCAGACCCUCAAGUUGGCGGCCAGGUAUAUCGACUUCCUCUACCAGGUCCUACAGAGCGACGAGCUGGACUCCAAGAUGGCAAGCUGCAGCUAUGUGGCCCACGAGCGGCUCAGUUACGCCUUCUCGGUCUGGAGGAUGGAGGGGGCCUGGUCCAUGUCCGCGUCCCACUAGCAGGCGGAGCUCCCCACCCCCUCGGCAGGGCCGGAGACCUAGAUGUCAUUGCUUCCAGAGAAGGAGAAAAUGGACAGUCUAGAGACUCUGGAGCUGGAUAAUUAAAAAUAAAUAUAUAUGCCAAAGGUUUUGUUGGAAAUUAGAAGAGCAGAAUCCAAAUUCAAAGAAACAGGGCGUGGGGCGCACUUUUAAAAGAGAAAGCGAGACAGGCCCGUGGACAGUGAUUCCCGGACGGGCAGCGGCACCAUCCUCACACCUCUACAUUCUGAUAGAAGUCUGAACAGUUUGUUUGUGUUCCUUUUUUUUUUUUUUUUGACGAAGAAUGUUUUUAUUUUUAUUUUUUCAUGCAUGCAUUCUCAAGAGGUCGUGCCAAUCAGCCACUGAAAGGAAAGGCAUCAUUAUGGACUUUCUCCAUUUUAAAAUGGUAACAAUCAGAGGAAUUUUAAGAACACCUUUAGAAAUAAAAAUACUGGGAUCAAACUGACUUGCAAAAUCACAGUCAGUUAAUUCCUUUUUUCAUUCUUCCUCUGAGGGAAAAAAAAAAACUUAAAAUACAAAAACAACAUUCUAUUUAUUUAUUGAUGACCCAUGGUAAAAUGCAAAUAGAUCCGGUGUCUAAAUGCAUUCAUAUUUUUAUGAUUGUUUUGUAAAUAUCUUUGUAUAUUAUUUUUCUGCAAUAAAUAAAUAU